GGAAUUGGCAUGUGUUCGCUCGACAGGACAUUGUAUGCUCGUGCAGCAAUCGUGUGAAGAAAUUACGGUGGGUUUUUGUACGCGUCGGAGUCUGUGACACCCGCUGGCCCAAUGGAGCUGCGUAUUCUAGCUAUCUCUUUGGCUUUGUUGACAUUCGUCGUAUUAGGUAAUGGAGGUGGAUUGUAUUUUACCAUUGAGCCACAAGAUGUGGUGGUUGAACAGGGAGGUCCAGCUAGAUUGGAUUGUGAAGCAAAAAGUGAUUUUGGUAAACCUGGUAUACAGUGGAGAACUGAUGAUGGACAGCCAAUUAAUUUUAUUGGAGACAGUUACCGAUCUCAGUUAGCAAAUGGAUCCUUGUACAUAAAUAGUGUUUAUGGCAGUAGCCCGGAAUUGACUGGAAGCUAUCAGUGUUUAGCUUCUGUAGAUGAUGUUGGAGCUAUUGUAUCUCGAACUGCAACAAUUAAGAUUGCAAGCUUGCCAGGAUUUGAAAGGGAACCUCAAGAUAGUAUGGUUUAUCCAGGACAAAUUGCAUAUUUAAGUUGUACACUUCUUACAUCCUCCAAUUCAUUGAUUAUACAAUGGCUAAAAGAUGAACAUCCACUAAUUCUUAAUGAAAGUCGAAUGACAGUAUUACCAUCAGGUGCAUUGGAAAUUGAUGAUGUUAACAUUCAAGAUGUUGGAUCAUACAGAUGUAAUGCUAGUAGCUAUGGACAAUAUAGACUCAGUAACAAAGCACAAUUAGGAUUAUUAACAAGUGAUAUUGAUCAAGAAAGUACUCCACCAGUCUUUAUUGCUAAGCCAUUACAACAAGUGGCUAUUGAAGGAUCAACAGUCACUCUUGAGUGUGCUGCCAAUGGCUAUCCAAAGCCAAGUAUACUUUGGUUGAAAGAUGGUGUUGCCAUUGACUUAACAUCUUUUGCAUCUAGGUACAGCACAGUUGCAGCAUCUAGUCUUGUGAUUAGUAAUGUCCAAGAAAUAGAUGAUGGUUCUUAUCAGUGUCGUGCAGAUAAUGAAGUUGAAACAUUGGAUGCAGCUGCUGAUUUAAUUGUACAAGUUCCACCAAAAUUUAUAAAAAAGCCAGAGGAUAAGGUAGCUAGUGAAAAUCAAGAUCUGGAAUUUGAAUGUGAAAUUUAUGGAAAGCCAGAACCAAAAAUUACUUGGCUGAAAAAUGGAGAACGCAUUACCUUAAGUGCAUAUUGGCAAAUUGUUAAUGGUUAUAAUCUUAGAAUUAACGGCCUAUUACCGAUAGAUGCUGGAAUUUUUCAAUGUAUCGGAACAAAUUCUGCCGGAAGUGUACAAGCUGCAGCGCGUUUAACAAUAAAUCAACCUAAGAAGGCAAAUUCCCAUAAAACAACUACUCCAAAGACUGCUCCCAAGAGAAAAUUAUUAUUGCAUCGGCAAUUGUAUAAUAAAACGUGGCAGCACCCGAGUACCCUUUUAGGUCACGCAAUGUCAGCGUUCACGCCCAAUCCUCCGCUCUCCAUUAGUCCCUCUGAUGACCCCGCAGAUCUUCCUGGAUCUGUUAGAUUUCCUAAUUCCCUUUACGAUCCAAAAUCCCAUUUUGUAGAUGACACAGACAGCUUGGAGUCAAUAGAAGGAAGUGUCCCGUCAGCACCAAGGAAUUUAAGUCUCGUCAUUGUCACCGCCAGAUUCGUAACUUUACGGUGGCAAGAACCAGAGAAUACAAAUGGAGAGAUUCUAAAUUAUUAUAUUUAUUAUAAACAAGAAGGUGUUCAAAGAGAACGAGUUAUUAAUACGCAACAAAAGUUAGAAGAAGUAAUACGAGGUUUACAACCAAGUAUGACGUAUCAAUUUCGAGUGGUUGCUUUGAAUGAAAGAGGUCCUGGAAUGUCUAGUGAAGUAUUACAAGUUACUACACUUACCGAGGUCAAUGUUCCGGGACCUCCGUUGAAUUUAGAGGGCCACGCGACAAGCAGCGUGAGCAUUGCACUAUCUUGGGAAAAGCCACAAGUUGUUAAUGGAAGAAUUUCUAAAUACAUAAUUACGUUUGUAGAGGGUGACAAUGAGGAAAUAACGCGUGAAACUACUAGCACUAUGCACGAAUUAAUAGAUCUCGUGCCUUAUACAGAAUACAGUAUUAAAGUUCAGGCUGUAAACGAGAAUGGUCCUGGAGUGUUUAGUAGAGAUAUCGUAGUCCGGACUCAUAGCGCACAACCUACACAACCACCACACAAUGUUACAGUAGAACCAGUUAGUCCCACAAGUAUCAUAAUAAGAUGGGAACCUCCACUCGAGGGACAAAAUGGAAUUAUCACUGGUUACAAAAUUCGUUAUCGUCGACACGAUCGGGGUUCACAGCCUGUCACUAUAACAACUGAGGGAAAUCAACGCUCACGAGUGCUCACAGGACUUGAGAAACAUGUUGUUUAUCAAGUUCGUAUAUGUGCCUUAAACGUGAAUGGUACUGGACCUUGGACAGAGUGGAUACAGAUAGAAACAUACGAGACCGAGUCCAAUGAGAACAGAGUGCCAAAUACACCCAGCAACUUAAGAACAAAAGUGAUGUCAGACUAUAUACAAGUUUUUUGGAACCCACCGAAAGAUCAAAGUAUUAAAGUAAAAGGAUAUAAGCUUGGAUGGGGAAGGGGAGUUCCGGACGUUGAAGUACGACUUCUUGAUGGGAAAGAACGGUCUUUCACUAUAGAUCAAUUAGAACCAAUCACAGAGUACGUUAUAUCAUUAAGAGCAACGAAUGAUGCUGGUGAUGGACAACCAGCGUAUGCAAAUGUGAGAACUACGGAACGUUCUGUAUCUGAAUUUUCUGUGCCUUUGAUACCGCCUGUUGGUCUUAAAGCUGCUGUUCUUUCCGAUACCACAGUUGUACUGUACUGGACUGAUACAACCUUACCGAAAACUCAAUUCGUAACGGAUAAUCGAUAUUACGUUGUACGUUAUACAUCACAUCAUCAUAGCAGCAACCCCCGCUAUAAGUAUCAUAAUGCCACUGAUCUGAACUGCAUGAUAAAUGAUUUAAAACCAAAUACAUUAUACGAGUUUACAGUAAAACUUGUUAAGGGAAAACGGGAAUCUCCAUGGAGUAUGGUUGUUUCAAAUCAAACUCAGGAAGCUGCACCUAGUUCUGCACCCAGGGAUUUGAUAAUUCAAACUAUCGAAGACCGUCCAACUUCAGUUCAACUACGAUGGCAACCUCCCAAACAACCGAAUGGACCAAUUACAGGAUACAUUAUUUUUUAUUCGACCGACAACACAAAGUGGGAUCGCGAUUGGUUAAUUGAAGGCGUAAUUGGAGAUAAAACUGAAUUCACCGUGAAAGGUCUUCUACCAAGCACAACUUAUUACUUCAAAAUUCAAGCGCGCAAUUCUAAAGGAUACGGCCCUUUUUCCACAACUGUUCCAUUUAAGACUUCUCAGAGCAAUGGCAUGGAUGUCUAUGAUGAAUUGCAUGACCGAGAUGGACGUGGACUUUCAAAUAUAUUGAUCUACAUUAUUGUCGGUUGCUCUAUCGUUCUUCUCACUGGUAUAGCAGUCGUAGUUGUAGUCAUUUGUUGCAAGCGCAGUCCGGAUACUCCCGACCGGAAAAAAGGGUACAUGAAAGAUACCACUCAAAAAACAAACAUCAAGCCACCAGAUCUGUGGAUUCAUCACGAUCAGAUGGAACUGAAAGCUCUUGAAAAAUCUUCCAUAAAUGGAGAGGCAUCUACUAGCGGAGUAGCUAGUAACACAUUACCUCGAUCAAGUAAUCAGGAUUACAGUCAAGAGAACGUGCAUGGAAAUUCCAGUUCAUUGGACAAACGUACUUAUGUGCCAAGUUACAUGGGUAACACUGACGAGAAGUGCUCGACCCUGAGUAGGCAGCAUAGUCGAGGAAGCCACAAACCUAAACUCAUUACACUUCCUGUUGACAGUGCAUCUUUACAUCAACCUAUAGCGACCGCCACACCAAUCGUGAAUACAAGUAUGUCACAGCCAACGAUUCACACGUCGUGCAGUGAUACACCAUCCGUGAGACAGAAUUAUCCUCGAACAGUGGCACAGUACAGCUUGAGUCGAGCACACAUAACGUUAGAACCAACACCAGAAUCGAGUCCAGAUUCUUGCAACAUUUCAACAUCGUACGAACCAAUGCAAAGUCAACAAUUAUCAUAUGCUCCAAGUCAGUCAUAUAGCGGAAAUACUCAGUACGCUUCGGGUGGUCACUAUAGCAACAGUAAUCAACCAUCAGCUGCCAGCGGUGGAACCGACGGUAGUGGGAGCAGUAAAAGAAUGCAGGGUCAUCCUUUGAAAAGCUUUAGCGUGCCAGCACCACCACCACAAUCUGCGCCGUCGACACCAGCCCAACAAAAACAUGGUGUUUCUCAAGUAACUGUAAGACCCACGAUGUCUGGUAGUCCGUACAAGAAACCACAAAGUUCUACGCAAUUAGCAAAGAAUCGAUUAGCCUCAGUUUCAAAUCCGGUGCACACUUCGGAAGAAGUUGAACGGUUGAAGCCUUCUUACAGUACAGAAGAAUUAAACCAAGAGAUGGCUAAUUUAGAGGGUCUUAUGAAAGAUUUGAAUGCCAUAACAGCAUCUGAAUUUGAGUGCUAG